CGUCAUUUGAAACAGGAUUUUCGCUGGCGGUACCUUCCAUUUUACGUGCCUCAAUCACCUCAAUGUUUCUUCGUUCUGUUUGCUCGUGUUCGUAGGCUGGACUUCACAACCUCAUUAUUGCUAACCACGUCUCGUGACGUGAUGAUGUAAUUAUCACUGUGAUCACUGCUAAGCCCAGUUUGUCCAAACUUUCUUACCCCAGUCAAUGUUUUUUAUUAUCCUAUUUAUUCAUUUAUUUAUUUUUCUGGUACAUCCCUCACUGAAUAUUACGAAUUGUCAUCGUGAUUCCUAUCAUUUUAAAUAAUGUUACUGCAGAUAUUUGCGAAAUUGUGAAUGUUGAGGCAAAAGUACUGUGCUCGCAUCUCGGACUGUUCCCUAUCGAGAUCAUGAGGUGUGGUGAUUGUUUUGGACCACAUGCACAUGAACUCCAAUGAACUUGAUCCAGAGCAGACUACUGUUUCAGUCAGCUGUUCGGCUCGAAAUAACCAAUCAAACUUGUCCUUCACAUAAGUGACAAGGUGAGCUGAGCUGUGAUAUGUGUCAAAUUAAUUUUAUUUAUCUUUUCUCUUCUAGGGUGAGGGAAAUUAGACUGUAACUCCGUGAAAACAAACAAAGCAAGGUUGUCGAAAUUCACAAUUUUGUGGACUCCGGCAGGCCUAAGGCAAAGUCCUGUCCCGAUAAUUAUCACAACACAAGUUACAUAAAAGCUACCACUUAUAAUGCUAAGUCAUCCUUGUUUUAACAACAGAACUGAUGCGUUAAGCUAUGUUAUAAAGUAGGGAGAUGCUGAGAAGAUUUUUUCCGGAAGUUAAAAAGCUUUCAUCAAAUAUGAGCUGCCAAGCUGGAAAUGUGAAGUUAAAGGGGAAAGUAGCAGUGGUCACUGCAUCAACUGAUGGCAUAGGUCUUGCAAUCGCACGUCGAUUGGCUCAAGAUGGGGCAAGUGUUGUGAUAAGUAGCAGGAAAGAAAAUAACGUUCAGCGUGCAGUCAAGGAUUUACAGAGUGAAGGAUUGACUGUCAGUGGUAUUGUAUGUCAUGUUGGUAAAGCAUCAGAUCGACAGAAGUUAUUAGAAUGUGCUUCUAGCAAGUAUGGUGGUAUUGACAUUCUUGUUUCAAAUGCAGCUGUCAAUCCAACAGUUGGUCAUGUUUUGGAGUGUGAGGAAUCAUCGUGGGAUAAAAUAUUUGAAAUUAAUGUGAAAGCUGCCUAUAUGCUGUCAAAAGAAGUAUUGCCAUUUCUACGACAGAGAGGAGGUGGUUCUAUAACAUACAUUUCUUCCAUUGCUGGUUUUCAACCAUUUGAUGUUUUAGGUGCUUAUUCUGUCAGUAAAACUGCUUUAUUAGGCUUGACCAAAGCUGCAUCACAAGGACUUGCAGAAGAAAACAUUAGAGUCAAUUGUGUGGCACCAGGUAUCGUAGAAACACGAUUUGCUGCAGCGGUAAAAAAUGAAUAUAUCAAUGAAGCUCAAACAAAUGUGCAUGCUAUAUUAGAUCAGCUCAAAGGGCCUGAUAUAGAUGCUGCAAAGUACAUCAACGGCAUUACUAAUGAACCCGCCUCUCAACAAGCUGUUUCUACAGAAGAACUUAUCCUUCAUGAACAAGAGUCGGCAAGAGAAGCAGCAGUUUCAAAAAUCCCAAUGGGCAGAUUAGCACAACCACAUGAAAUAGCAGGAAUUGUUUCAUUUUUAUGUUCAAAUGAUGCGUCUUACAUUACUGGAGAAACUAUAGUAGUGUCUGGUGGAAUGUCUUCACGUUUAUAACAGGUGAAAAUGUGUAAAUAAAACAUUUUACCUGUUGAUAUUAAAAUUAUUUUAUAUAUUUUUGGAAUACGGUUUUGUUUAUA